ACGGUACAAACUUGCAACCAGAUCUGAACCAGCCGUCUAGGCCCAACAAGAAUGUGAGUCUCGCUCAUUGGAAGUUAAAGAUAGAGGCGACACAUGCUUGAUCCUGACUGGCUCUUAUUUCAGUCAGCUGCCAAGAACUCUAUGGGCCACUUUUGUUGAUUCAACCAGACGAAAAGCUUUAUUAAAAGUUGUGGACUUGUUGUGGUCGCUCAUAAAUAAGCUAGAAGAGGAUCAUGGUGCUUUCCGAAGGAAAGAUCGAAAAGUCAGGCAGCUACAGCAGUGCCAUGGCAGACAGAAGACAACUGUUUGCUGAAAUGCGUGCACUCGAUCUGGACUCUAUCAGAUUGGCCACAUACAGGACAGCAUGCAAGCUGAGAUUCAUUCAGAAGAAGUGCAAUUUGCAUUUGGUGGAUAUCUGGAAUAUUAUCGAGGUAUUUCGGGAAAACAGACUCGGCGCCAUGGACCUCAGCACAGAGUUCUCAGUGUCACAUUUGCAAGCAAUACUGUCCAGCAUCUUUUCCCAGCUAAACAAGCGCUUACCCACAACCCACCAGAUCAAUGUAGACCAGUCCAUCUCAUACCUCCUCAACUUCCUGUUAGCGGCCUACGACCUGGAAGGAGUGGGAAAGAUCUCAGUUUUUGUGGUGAAGAUGGCCCUGGCUGCUCUCUGUGGAGGGAAGAUUUUGGAUAAACUAAGAUAUGUAUUUUCACAGAUAUCAGACCCAAACGGAGUGAUGAUCUACUCCCAGUUUGACCAGUUCCUAAGAGAGGUACUGAAACUGCCCAUGACGGUUUUUGAGGGACCAUCUUUUGGUUACACUGAGCAGUCCACAAGAACCUGUUUUCCACAAGAGAAAAAGGUCUCGCUCAAUGUGUUUCUUGACACGUUCAUGUUGGAUCCUCCUCCUCAGUGUCUGGUUUGGUUACCGCUGAUGCAUCGGUUGGCAAAUGUUGAGAACGUCUUCCAUCCUGUGGAGUGCUCCUACUGCCACAGCCAGAGCAUGAUGGGAUUCCGCUACCGGUGCCAACAAUGUGAUAAUUACCAACUCUGCCAAGAGUGUUUCUGGAGGGGCCAUGCCUCGGGAAGCCAUAGCAACCAGCACCAAAUGAAGGAGUACAUGUCAUGGAAAUCUCCAGCUAAGAAGUUGUCAGACGCUCUCAGUAAAUCUCUGAGUUGUGCCUCCGGUCGAGAGCCUCCUUACCCGACGUUCUCCGAAACAUCCGAGAAACCACUCAACCUCACUCAUGUAGUGCCUCCCCGACCUGCGACCAGUGGAAGUGAAUUCAUACUCUCUCACUCCAUGCCUUCCUCAGGAAACCCUUACUCCAGCAAAACAGGUGCUCACGAUGAGACGAAGCAAAUGUUUUCCCGGACGACCCCAGAUCUUUUAAAAGGGAAAGGGGUUCAGUACAGCCUCGAUAUUGCGGAUAGGCUCGCUGAUGAGCACAUGCUUAUCGGACUUUAUGUGAAUCUCCUCCAAAAGGACCGUUCAUGUUCCCAGGAGAGCUGUAAAACCCAAGAUGAUGAGCACUUCCUCAUUGCCCGUUACGCCUCCCGAUUGGCUGCUGAUGGAGCUGCAGUGAAGACCAGAGUCCCAGCGGACAUCUCUCUCUGUCUGGACUCCAACAAACAGCAGCGACAACUUAUCGCCGAGCUAGAGAACAAGAACAAGGAGAUUUUGCAAGAGAUCCAACGCCUGAGACAACAACAUGAAGAAGCUUCCCAGCCUCCGUUAGACAAAAGCCAACAAAACCCAACAUUACUGGCUGAACUGAGACUGCUCAGGCAGAGGAAGGAGGAGUUGGAGCAAAGGAUGACGUCCCUUCAGGACAGCCGUAGAGAACUCAUGGUCCAACUAGAGCAGCUCAUGCUUCUGUUAAAGGAAGAAGAGCUAAAACGAGCCAACCAGGGCCCUGGCCCCUCCCCUCGCUCCUCCCCCAGCCACACCAUAAACACAUCCAUCCAAUCAGUGUCUGCCAUCCCCAUGCCCGUCCAAUCAACAUCCAGCAAUACCACACCCAGUCAGACACCUCAGGACUCGCUCAUGGGCCUGGGAGGAGAGGUGCAGCAGGCCUUCACUCAGGGCUCCAGAAGGAACUUCAGAAAUGAUCUCCUGGUAGCUGCAGACUCCAUAACCAACACAAUGUCUUCAUUGGUGAAAGAACUGAACUCAGAGGCGGGGAGUGAAACAGACCUCACGUUCCCAUCAUCAGACGUUCUCCACGCCAGGAGCUCUCCAAGAUCAGGGGCAGCAGGUAAGCUGGAGUCUGGGGAUUUCUAUGGACAUGAUCUGGAAAAACAGCUGAACAGAGAGCUGAAGCUUGAGCAGGACAAGAACGUCCUGGUGACUUUACAAGAAUAGCUGCGUUGUAAUAAGCAAUGGGAGGAAGAUUGAGCGACUCUGAAGCACUGUGCAACCAGGCCUGAGCUGGAUCAUAGCACACUUCUGCAAACACAACCCAAUCUAUAAAUAUAGAAAUAUAUUUUUAGAAUCUACAAGAUGUUUUAAAACAAAACUGUGAACUGACUUUGGAAAUGACAAAUAAUGGAGCUGUCUACAACACCGCCAGUGCCAUAAAUCCAGUGAUUAUGAGAUGUGUUCGGUUUGGUUUAUUUCUGUGUGUAUCUGUUCAGACUUGUACUGUAUUUAAAUAUCUGUUGGGUGAAGAGGGGGUGAUCUUUAAUGAAGCUGCUAUCUUUACAAACUACACUUUUAUUGUACAUCAAGAGCAUAACAGCCUGACCUGAUGCUCUUUUAAAGCAUAUAUAGAGUAGGAUUAUGUUGUAGUUUCAGUUUUUCUUUGAGAGUGGAAGGAUUUGAGAUUUUCUCAUAGAGUUUGAUA